AGCUUUCUGAAAUUUUUGCUAUUAUAUCGGAAAUGGAUUUAUUCGAAAGUUCAUUGAGGACAUCUGUAGUCUGUGGUGGAGGAAGGGCACGUUAAGAAUUGCUACGAGUGGUGAAAAUGUAUAAAAUGAAUUUGCCUGUGGAUGACGACAUAGAUAAGGCUGUGGAGAGGCGACGAUCUGCAGAGGCUGCACGCAAGGCCCGGGUUUUCAACACCAGGCUCCGUGUGAUAGGCCUCGAUGUGGAUGCCCUCAACCAACAGAUCACAGAGAAAAAGCAUCAGCAAGAAGUAGAGAGAUUGCAGAACAAAGCUGCUGAUGAACGGAUGAAGAGCUAUGGUGAACAGCUGUUGCAGCAAGACAGAGAUGAAAAAGAGAAGCGGGCCUCUCUGCACACAGAACUCACCCAGUAUUGGGCCACUCAGCAGUGUGUGAAAGACUCUCCAGAUGCUGAUUUCAAGUUUAACCUGAAGGGGGCAUACAAGCCCACCAUUCCAGAAAGUUCUUUGGGCCCUGCCAGUAUGCAAAUCUUCAAGGGAGAGGGUAUCGGAGAGGAGCAAAAGCGGAAAGCGCAAAUGCAAAUGACAGAAAGAGAUCUCCGAGCACAGAAAGAAGACUAUGAGAGAAGGUGCAUGGCAGAAAAGCACAAAGAGAUGCUUGUGAGCAAAGAGCUAAUGCGUCAGGACCUGAAGGCACUUCAGCUUGAUAAACUAGAGGAGUGUAAGAGAGCCGCUCGCAUCGCACUUGACAACUUCAAUCAAGCUCUGGCUGCACAGCAGGCAGAGAACCUGAAGGACAACCACAGGCGAGAGCAAAUGGAGGACCAUGCAGACAUUUGGCACACUCUGACAUCUGACAUGAUGACAGAAGGUGCAGUGGUGGCAAGAACAAAGGUGGGAGGAGGGAGGUCAGCCAGGGUUCUGACAGACAGGUGGAAGGGGAUGAGCCCAGAGGAGCUGAGUGCAAUCCACAGGGAAAGAGAAGCACAGUGUGUGGAGAGACAGAAGCAGCGUGAUGCCGAAAAGGUUCUGGAUGCAGCUUGGCACCUCCAGCAACUGAGGUUUUCCAGAGAAGCAGAGGAGGAGGAGAAGAAACAAGCAGGACUGAGGGCAGAGAUGAGGAUUCAAAUGGACCAGUACAAUAUGCAUCUGGCCAAAGAGCAGCAGAUAAAACAGGAAUACCUGAACAAGAAGGUGUACACCAACAAACCCACUAAGGACUACUUUCUUCAAUUUAACACCAGCUCCCGCUGAUAACGCACCACAUGGCACAGUAUUGUUUUUAACAGUGAAAUGUUUUGGCACAUUUCUGAUUUUUUUCCUACUCCUGUUUUUUUUUUUUUUUUUUUUUUUGCAUAUUUGUCAAACGUAAUUGCCUCAGAUGCUCAUACAAAAUGUAACAGGAUAAAAACAACUCGAAUCAACAUAUAAUACAGCUGAUUGAUGUUGUGUUACCAUUGCAGGCCCCAUGUCUACCAAUAAAAUGCUUCCUUUCUUGAAAUCACAAAUCA